AAUAAGGAAAUGUUACUCUGUUGGGACACUACGCAUUGACGCUGUUCAUUGACCAACUGCUGAGUAAUAGAGUAAUACACUACCAAAGUACUGAUUAAUCGUCACAGCUUAUUGGUACUAACGGAGCACAGCAGUCUCACGGAUCACUUGCUUUGGUUACCUGCUUUACCUGAGACAGGUGUGAAACAGACGCCAUGGCUCAUAGGCCCCACGCCUUUGGAUUGACUGGCGAAGUCCAGAGAAAGAUCAAAGGAAAGUACAGUGAAGAGUUGGAACAGGGUGCUCGGACAUGGAUAGAGGCGGUCCUAGAAAUCGAACUAGUGCCUGGAGCGGAUCCAAAUACUCCACUUGGAGAACGGGCGUUUCAGGAGUCUCUGAAGAAUGGAGUAGUUCUAUGCAAUUUAAUGAAUACGAUAAAACCUGGUUCUAUUAAGAAGAUUAACCAGAAUAAUAUGGCCUUCAAAAUGAUGGAGAACAUCGAGAACUUCCUGAAGGCGGCAGAAAACUAUGGCUGUAAAAAAAUAGACAUCUUCCAAGUCGUGGACUUGUAUGAGCGCCAAAAUAUGACACAAGUAGUGAAUGGAAUUUAUGCAUUAGGACGAGUUACACAAAAGAAUGGUUUUAUGGGUCCCUCAUUAGGGCCCAAAGAAGCGGAUUCCAAUCCUAGGAAUUUCGAUGAGGAUGUAUUAAAAGCGGGUCAGACUGUAAUUGGGUUACAAGCGGGGUCAAAUCGGGGGGCAUCUCAGAGUGGGAUGAACUUUGGUAAAACACGAUCCAUUUUAGACUGAUUGCUCCACCUCUGUAUUGUGUGAAUUGUGAGAUCCACCUCGGCAUUCUACCAGCCAUUGCUAGUGCCAUCAGAUGUCAAUCAAACAACCAUAAGUUCAGUAUUAGCAAAGCCCUCCCCCCUUUCUAGCUGACUUGAUAUUAAAUGAAGGGGGAGUAAAAAGGAAAAGAGCAAUGGUUCACAAAUGAACAUUCUGCAAAAACUGAGUUUCUCUUCCAAGUAGUAUAUUCUUUAGGUAGUAGUGACAAGGUGUAUUGUUAUACCCUUCAUGUAUCCAGUUUGUGUUGAACUUUUACUCUCCCAAAAUAAAUCUCUGAGCUUAAAAGAUCUGUUUUAAAUUCAGUCAUAAUAUUUUAAGUCAAAUACACAAUAUAAAUUUGGAGAGUUUAAGAAUUUGAUAGCACCUGUUUAUAUUUACGCAAGCAUUUAUAUAUGCAUUUAACAUGUAUUUCUCUUUAUAUGUGUUUUGUUUAUAUGUUCCUUAAGUUCAAUGUGAAUUGAUUUUCCUGUGAAUACAUUGAUUUAUGUAAAUGAAAAGCCAGAAUGUGUGGUUUGACUUUCAUUUAAAUUUUCUAUUUUUAUACAUCUUCUGUAAGUCAAUGAAAUAGAACAAAUGCCAUGUUGUGAUUGGAAUCUGAACUUUGUGCAUGGUCACCACCUAGUAUGAGCCGACAUGCUUAUACAGCCCACCUGAACACACGGAAGCUACCUAGGUACUUACCUGUGGAGUACUGUAGCCCUCUGUCUCUGUAUCAUCCCUUUCUUUGUUACACGAUAUUAUUUUGUUUGUGAUAUAUAGAACAUGUAUCUCCAUAUAUUAUUAUUAAAUUGAUCAUUUUACUACAA